AAUAAAAUAAGGUAUUAUGAGUUCCAAUUUUAUUUUUCUUGGAUUAGUACAUGUAAAGAUUUUGCAAGGGUAAAGACAACUGUAAUAGUAGAAUAUUGUAAAAGUAACAGAAUUUCCAGAUUAAGCAAUAAAUUUAUUUUUAGAAUCUUUGGAUGAAUAUUAUAAUUAAAGACAAUAAUAAAAUAAUUAAAGAUGGCCCUUUAUUACUUAACUUUAAAGGAAGCCUGAAUAUUUGAUUGUUUUAAGGAGUGAGGCAAAUCAAAGUUUCCUUAAUUCAAUUAAAUUAGAAGAAUAUAUUAUAUAGAAUCUGCCUAGUGAUUGUUCAGAAUAAGAUUGGAGAAAUAAAGCGAUAGAAAUUCUAUUGACAUGGAAUUUGGCAGAAAAAAAUUAUAAGAUUACCGAUUUUUAGGAUGAACAAUCAGAUUAAGCCAGCAAUAUGUAUGCAAAAUAUGCUUUGUUAUAUUUGUCUUUGGCCAUUAUAUCAUUCAUUGUGAUUAACAUACUUAAAAAAUUUACAUGA